AUGGAAUCAACUGAAGAAACCACAAAAGCGGCUUCUACCAUAGCGUUUCACCAUCGAGUGAUUGUAGCAUCUAUCUUGAUAGCAUCGUCAAUUAUCGGCCUUUUUGGCAACUCUCUCGUCAUCAUUUCCGUCAUCACCACGAAGAAGCUUCGUACAAUCACCAACAUCUUGGUGGUCAAUCUCGCUGUCGCCGAUCUCUUGUCCUGUGUAUGCUUUCCAUUUCUAGUCAUUGGUUUAUUAAAUCAAACUGGACAGUACCCACUCCAUGAAAGUGUCUGCGCCUCUGUAGCAGGUGUGCUUCAUACCUGCAUCUUAUGCAGCGCUUCGACCCUUGUUGUGAUCGGGUUCAUUCGGAGGUAUGUCAUAACUAGAUCUAUACGCGGACACCAAGGUUUCCAUACCCCUCGGAAGAUCGUCUCUGUGGCUCUGGUCAUCUGGAUGUUUUCGGCUGCAUACAUGAUCUUACCACCUGUUUUAGGUGUCGGAAGACUUGGGUAUUCCACAUAUUAUGGGAUAUGUGCUUUCCUUGGGGUCACCAGGCCAGCGCUUUACUACGUAGCCUCUCAAGGAAUAUUUGUUGCUACAAUCCUUCUGCUUACCCUGAUAUUUUAUGGUUUGAUUUUGCAUCAUGUCGUGCGACAUAAUCAGCAGUUUCGCGAAAAGUUCGCAGUCGAGAAAGAUGUCUCUCCUACUUCAGGUGACGCCAACCAAAGCAAUGUUUCCUCGUCGUCCGAUUCCCCAACUCCCAUGAUCAAGGCCAUCAACCGGAAGGAGGUCGAGAUCACUAAGAAUGUGUUCGUGGUUGUCUGUAUCUUCAUCGUUUGUUUCUUGGCAUCUAGCGUGAACUUCAUCAUUCCAGGAAGCAGUCUAUCCACCCUCUAUGGUUACAUGGUCAUGAUGAUAAACAGUAUGGUUAAUCCCAUCACCUAUGGCCUGAAGCAUCCCAACUUUCAAGAAGCUUUCAAAAGAAUCCUCUGCUGUCGCCGUGCACCUCAAGAAUACGUUUCGAAGUAA